UGAGAUUGAUGAUGUGAUAACAAUAAAUCCUGAGUUAUCAGAAGAAAUACCUGCUGCAGAUGUGAAAGAGAACCUUCCUUUGCAAGAGAAUGUAACUGUACAGAAACAGAAGCGCAGAACAACCCUUUCAAAAAUUCCUGCUCCACGAGAAGCUGCAGCAGUGACACCUAAUGUCUCUGCACCUGAGCAGAAGUUUCCAGCUGUGCGUGGCCGCUCCAGGAUGUCUGUUAUCACAGAAUCUCAGUGCACCCUCCAGGAAAAUGAGAUGGGAGAGGAUUCCUGCCCAUCUAUACAGCCCAGAAACAAUUUGUCAGUUCCUGCUGUCCGAACCAGGACUAGCAGGCUGAGCUGUGCUCCGGAAGCCUCAUUGGCAAAUGUAAAUGAAAAUACAGAGGAUCACCUGCCUGCUGCUAGAAUGAGUUCUUCAGUGAGCCCAGUUCGGAGAAGAUCUAAUGUUGUGAAAGAGAUGGAGAAAAUGAAAAACAAGAGAGAAGAAAAGAGAGCUCUAAUUAGUGAAAUCAGGACAAAACGUGCACAGGAAUUUGACAGCAGCUGUCCAAACUGGGAGUUUGCAAGGAUGAUCAAGGAAUUCAGAGCAACUUUAGACUGCCAGCCAAUUUCUAUAACUGAUCCAAUAGAACAGCAUAGGAUUUGUGUCUGUGUGAGGAAGCGCCCUCUCAAUAAACAAGAACUUCUAAAAAAGGAAUGUGAUGUGAUUACUGUUCCGAGCAAGUGUGUCCUGCUGGUGCAUGAGCCAAAGCAGAAAGUGGACCUAACAAAAUACCUUGAAACCCAAGCAUUUAGAUUUGACUUUUCAUUUGAUGAAUCCUCUUCUAAUGAAAUGGUAUACAGGUUCACUGCUAGACCUCUUGUGGAGACCAUCUUUGAGGGUGGGAAGGCAACAUGCUUUGCAUAUGGUCAGACAGGCAGUGGCAAGACACACACUAUGGGUGGAGACUUCUCUGGCAGAGCACAGAAUGCCUCAAAGGGCAUAUAUGCUUUUGCAUCACAAGAUGUCUUCCUCCUCCUAAACCAGCCCAGGUACAGGAAUGAGCACCUGGAAGUCUAUGUGACUUUUUUUGAAAUAUACAAUGGAAAGGUGUUUGACCUCUUGAAUAAGAAGGCAAAGCUUCGAGUCCUGGAGGAUGGCAAGCAGCAGGUCCAGGUCAUUGGUCUCCUAGAGAAACAAGUUGGCUGUGCUGAGGAUGUCAUCAGAAUGAUUGAGAUGGGCAGUGCCUGCAGGACAUCUGGGCAGACGUUUGCAAAUGCGAGCUCUUCACGGUCACACGCCUGCUUCCAAAUCAUACUGCGCCGAAGAGGGAAACUGCUUGGCAAGUUUUCCUUGGUGGAUCUGGCAGGAAAUGAGAGGGGUGCAGACACAGCUAGUGCUGAUCGGCAGACACGAAUGGAAGGUGCAGAAAUCAAUAAGAGCUUGCUGGCUUUGAAGGAAUGUAUCCGAGCUUUAGGGCAGAACAAAUCCCAUACCCCUUUCCGGGAGAGCAAGCUGACCCAGGUGCUAAGAGACUCUUUCAUAGGAACAAACUCAAGGACCUGUAUGAUAGCAAUGAUUUCUCCAGGCAUGAGUUCGUGUGAGUACACCUUAAACACGCUGAGAUACGCUGACAGAGUGAAAGAGCUCAGCCCUCAUAAUGGAGGUGGUGAAACACAGAAUCAGAUGGAGACUGAGAAUGAGGAAACAGAGACCAGUGGAGAAGGCUCAGGUCUUCAACACAAUGUAUGUGAUGAGGAGGAAGAUAUCUCUCCCCAAAUGUUCAACUUUCGUGAAGCUAUUACUCAAAUCAGUGAAUGGGAGGAGAAGGCUGUAGAACAGCUUAGAGAACUGAGACAGAGAAUGACAACUGAACUUGACUGCCUCUUGGGAAUCACGGAGCAACCAGACUAUGAUCUCGAGACCUUUGUGAGCAGAGCUAAGCACUUCGUAGAGGAAAGCUCCAGAAACUGCCUUAGUGUCAGAGAAACGCUGGAUAACCUGGGGGCUGCCAUGCAACUGGAGGAGCAAGCCAGCAAGCAGAUGAGCUGGCAGAGGCCUUAG